UACAAACACCAAGAAAUCGGGUGUUUCAUACAAAUUUGGUUCUAUUAUUAGAUAAUCUACAAGAUCACAAAUACAUUAAAAUAUCUUUUUGAAGAUUUGAUCAUUCAAUUGAUCAAAGCCAAAAAUCUAGUCACAAUGAGAUCCAAAUCAUGUCUAGUUUUCGCCAUUUUCAUGUUCAUAGCCAUCGUGCAGGCUGAAGUUUUCGAUAUCACGAAAUUGGGGGCAAAGCCGGAUGGGGAGAUUAGUGAGGCUCUUAAUGGUGCAUGGACCAAGGCAUGUGCUGCAACCGAACCAAGCCAAUUGAUCGUUCCAAAAGGUCGAUUUCUAUUGAACGUGGUCGAGUUUAAGGGACCAUGUAAGGCACCAAUCGAGGUUAAAAUCGAUGGAACUUUGAUAGGUCCAGAAGAUCCUGUGGUCAUCCCAAAAGGUGUCCAAUGGAUUACAUUUAGCUACGUAACAGGCUUGACAUUAUCAGGUUCGGGUAUGGUAGAUGGUGUUGGAGCAGCUAUGGCAUGGGCAAUAAAUGACCCGAAAUCAACUGCCAAAAAAGGCUCAUCCCUUCAAUAUAAUCUUAGCUUUAAUUUCGUCAAGGAUUCUUUGAUAACGGGAAUAACUACAAAGGAUAGCAAAAACUUUCACGUAAAUUUGAUGACAUGUACGAAUGUAACGUUUGAUAACUUCCACAUAAGCGCACCAGCAGAGAGCCCCAACACGGAUGGAAUCCACAUCGGGUGGUCUAAAAACAUCACAAUUAAGAAUUCCAUUAUUGAAACGGGUGAUGAUUGUGUGUCGAUUGGCGACGGAUGUGAAAACUUGAACAUAGAGGGAGUGAAAUGUGGUCCGGGACAUGGUAUUAGUGUUGGAAGUUUGGGUAGAAACACGGGUGAGAAGCCGGUGAUCGGGGUUUACGUGAAGAACUGCUCGUUUGUCGAGACGGAGAACGGUGUUCGGAUUAAAACAUGGCCUGAUUCGCAGCCUGGAGAGGUUACUGAAAUGCAUUUUGAAGAUCUUACUAUGGAGAAAGUUAACAACCCUAUUAUCAUUGAGCAAGAAUAUUGCCCUCAUAAUGAAUGCAAAAAAGAUACUCCAUCGAAGGUUAAGGUUCACAAUGUUUACAUCAAGAAUGUUAAGGGAACUUCGAAUACGCCAGAAGUUGUGAAGCUUAGAUGCAGCAAGGCUAAUAACGGAUGUGAGAAUGUGCACAUUUCUGACAUCAAUUUGACAUAUGAUGGUCCUGCAGGCAAAGCAAUUCAACAAUGCCAUAACGUGAACCCGGUUUAUGAAGGCGAACUUAACCCCCCAGGCUGCGCCGCGGCUUGAUCCAAGUUACAUGGAUAUUGUAAUUACUAGUUUAAAAGGUUUACGAUAUUCUUGUUCUUGAUUUUGUUUGUCUGAAUCUUAGGGCAAUGAUUGUUCAUUUUCAGCAUCA